CUGGAAGAGUAUGCGCCAAUUCUGAAAAAUCUUAUCAGAUACUCCUCAGCUGUUAAUGCAAAGGACAUUUCAUUUUACAAGAGCAUCGAUCCUGCGAUCAAGGAAAAGGCAAAUGACAUUAGUUCCGAAAUUACAGACACUAUGAAUGACAUGCUAAUGUCAGCCUUAACUGUUUCAACCGAUGACACAGCAGAUUUCAAGUUCAAAGUUAAUUCGGAAACCGAGAAUAAUCAAGUUUUAUCAAAUGUGUUGGACACACUUCUCGAAAAAGUUGAGAUAAAUUUGGACAAUCAUUACAAGGCAAAGAAAAACAAGCACCAUCAACUUUUGAACAGUAACCAGCGAUCAUCAAAUACAGCAGAUGAUGGAUAUACUUAUCUAGAUCAGAAUGAGGAUGUUUCCUCGUCGUCCACUGUUCCUAGAGGUGGUGCAAACAUGGAAAAGCCACAAACAAAAUUCCUGGAUCCUGUAAACAACUUUGAAACUACACCAUUCAAGCCUCUCAUCAAAUUUAAACCCAACGCUCUAAAGCCAUUACAGGAGUCCCUUCAGUUAGUUGAACCUACUGAUGAUGUACCAUUGCAUUACGAAAAUCCAUAUGCUUAUGAGAUAAUGAACACAGAAUAUCCAGAAUGGAUUCUCAACUCUGUUCCGGAAAAUGAGAAGUAUGAGUCAAUUCCAUGGGUUGGAUCUCCAGAAGCUCAAUGGGUUGAUACUCCCGAAAAAUUGGAUUCCUUAUUGGUUGAGUUGAAUAAAUGUAAAGUCAUUGCAAUUGAUUUGGAACAUCAUGACUAUAGAACGUACCAUGGUCUUACAAGUUUGAUGCAAAUCACAUCUGAUUCAAAGGUGGAUUAUUUGAUAGAUCCCCUUUCACCAACUUUGCGUCCACACUUGACUAUCUUGAACGAAGUUUUCACUAACCCUAACAUCAUCAAGGUUCUACAUGGUGCAUUUAUGGAUGUUAUUUGGCUCCAACGUGACUUGGGACUAUAUCUUGUUUCUUUGUUUGAUACUUUCCACGCUGCAAAGCAACUUGCAUUGGGAAAAUAUUCUUUGGCAUUUUUACUUGAAGAAUACGCCAAGUUCCGUACGUCAAAGAAAUGGCAACUUGCCGAUUGGCGUAUUCGUCCUCUUUCUGCAGAAAUGAAGGAUUAUGCAAAAGCAGAUACACAUUUUUUGAUUGAAAUCUUUUAUAAAAUGCACGAAGAUCUUUUGAAAAUACCAAAUGCUUUGCAAAAGGCUCUCUACGCUUCCAGAAAAGUUGCAGUAAGACGGUUCGAAUAUUCGACUUACAGACCCAAAAAUCUUUCAAUGAGCAGUAAUAGUGAAGUGGUUUCUACUUCAGGUUCUGUUCCCUUACUUGAUGAAAUCACGAAACAAAUUACAUUGAAUUAUGAUAGAGAUUUGCCGUGGACAAAUUUAAUCUACAGUAAUGGGAUUCCUCUAGAAAGGCGACCUUUACUAGAAGUUUUGUUUAAAUGGAGAGAUAACCAAGCAAGACUGAAUGAUGAAAGUCCAAGGUACAUCAUGAGUGAUUUCAUACUUGUAUCUUUGGCUAAUAAUUUCCAGAUAGGUCAUGAAAGUGCCGUUGACGUCAACUCGGUAAUGGCUGUAAUCAACAAGCAUUCGAAGUUCGGUGGUUCAUAUUAUGUGAGAAAGUGUGUCAAAGAGUUGACAGAUACAAUAAAGGAUGCUGUAAUGGAAUUGAAAGGUGUUGAU